GGCACCCUGCUGGCCGUCCAGUUCGUCCACACCGUGGUGGACAGAAUCAUCCCCACGGCUGGGGGCUUCCUGGCCCCCAGCAGGCACGGGUAUCUCAUCCGCGAGCGUUUCCAGCGCCCCGCGGCGAGAACCUCGCAGCAGGAGCCGUUGCACACCUUCCAGAAGGCAGCGUGGAUGGUCAGAGCCAGGCAGAGAGAGCAGCGGGCGGCGGCCGCGGGAGCUCCGGGGGCCUCGGGGUCGGAGCGGGCCCCUGGGAAGGAGUCCACGCCCAACAGGCGCUCGCAAGUCUGCGUGAUCGUGUAGCCGCCCCGUGAGCCAGCCGCCGCCAACCCGGCCCAGGCCAAGGAAGCGUGUUUGCUGGUGUACACCCGGCCUCGAGGCCCCAGGAUCGUGCGUCCCGGGCCCCGCCUCCUCCCGCGAUUCCCUCCAUCCCCAGGGUAGCAACAGGAUGGCCAAUAUGGCCUCGUCGCUAAGAUCGGAGGCCUGAGACGGAAGUUCCCGCGGAAGUCCCGGCCCUGACUGCACUGCCGUGGUUCUG